AUGCCGUCGGCUGCUCACCUCGCUGUGCUCUGCCACCUCCUCCUCCUCCUCCCGCUCACGAAAGGGGUGGAGUUCCUGCCGCGCCGAGCCUUCGGGCAGCUCUCGCGCAGGGCAUGUCUGGCGGCACCGCUGACUGCCGUCGCCUUCGGCCGACCGCCGACUGCCGCCGCCUCGGGCGAUCUCAGUGCCGCCGCCGUCUCGAGCGGUGACGACCUUGCCGUGAUAUCGACGGCGCGGAAGUUGGACGGCGUGCUUGCCGAUUGGGACGCCGAGAUUGCCCUCGGCGCGUUGCAGUCGUCAGCCAACCUGCUGCAGGAGGAUGCGCUGAAGCGGCUCGGCGCAGGCGCGAGGGCGGCCGGUGGCGGCGCCGCCGGCGCGAGCUUCACGCAGCACAAGAACGCAAUGCUGACUUACCUCUUCCUGGUCACCGGCGCGACCAAGUACGAGGGAGCCGAAAAGGCGGCCGGGACGUGGAGAUGUAUCCGAGAGGCGCUCGACGAGGUGGCGCGAGCCGUGGGCAUCGAGCUCGCAUCAAAGCCGGCGGCGGCUGCCUCAGACUGA